AUGAUAAAGGCAAUUAUUUGGUUGUAGGAGGAGUUAAUAGAUCAGAAAAUGGAUUAUAAGAAUUAAAUGAUUUUUGGACAUUACAUAGAUCGAAAUUUAGCAGGGAUUUGGAAAGAAUUGAUAAUAGAAAAUUAAUAACUUAUACAUCGCAAUCAAGCUGCAUGUAUAAGUGAUGAUAAAAUAUUUUAUAUAUUUGGAGAUUAGAAAUUUUUGGAAUCUAAAUCUACAAAUAAAUUAAUUCUAUAGAAUUGA